AUGCAGAAGAGAUUAAUUAGCAGGGCAAUGGAAUCAGUGACUAUUGAUUUUGACAAACCACAGGCAGAUUUCAAUGUGAUAGAAGACUGGAGUUCGCUGUACAGUAUACAUAAAAAGGGUAUUAAAAACUUUUUCAUGUCACAAAACCAGACACCCACUAAUUAG